AUGCGGAUGGUCGAUAUUCCUUCUAGUGAAGGACUAAUAGUCGAUGAUCAGACCAAUGACAUGUCUAUUGUUCUUUACUCUACUGACGACAGUAUUCCUAAAGACACAAAUGAGGACAUCAAACUUACUGCCCAAAUGGUAGCUGAUGGUAUUGUAGGUAUUCGCUUUCACACAUCUUCUCACUCUAAAUAUCUGCAAAACUUUCAUGAAUAUCUUGAAUGUAUGGAAGAAAAUAUGUGUAUCCUCAAUGAGAAAAUAGAAGCACAAGUCAAAACACUUCAUGUCACUAAUAAAGAUUCCAAAGGCACAGCUGCUUAUAUCAAAGGACAAGUUGCUCGCAACAUGCGGAUGAUUAAAACUCUAGAUCAGAAAAUUCAUAACACUAUUGAAGCAUGUCUCUCUCCGAUGAAUCAGAAGAUAGAUGAAUUCAUGCAGUCCUUAUCCAAUCUAGAGUCCGUCUAUGAAGCCAAAUUGGAUCAUAUGCAGAAUCAUGUUACUUCUCAAGACCGCUAUAUCUCCACUCUUGAGAAGUACGUUGUUGAAUUAUCUAAUGCUUCUGCAUCAUCCUCCAUCUCUCCCUUUCAGGCAUUCAGUGAGCAAGUUCAAUGUCAAUUGGAUUCGUUAAGCUCUAACAUAGCAAAUUCAUCAGAAUCUAAUUCUGAGAAAAUCAAUAGCUCAUCAGGUGACAUAUCUUCCCUUUAG